UCUCAUCAUGUCUGCUUUACAAAGUUCUACUUCACUGCUAAGUGUGGCACUUUUGAUUACGAUUCAAGUUUUAUCUUUAACUCGUGCAGCCCCGACAGUGCACAAAAACAGCAUCCAUCAAGGAAACAGAAACGAGAGAGCCAAGAGCUGUGCUGAGCUUCAACAAAGAGGUCAAACAAUCAGCGGUGUUUUUACGAUCGACCCCGAUGGCUCAGGUGCAUUUGAUGUGUAUUGCGAUCAGACAACGGCCGGUGGAGGUUGGACAGUAUUCCAGAGGAGAAUGAAUCGAUCCGUUAAUUUCAACCGCACUUUGGAGGACUACAAACGUGGCUUUGGCAAUUUCCUCAUCGGGGAAUUUUGGCUUGGACUUGAGAAGAUCUACCGUCUGACACGAAAUGGGACCGAAAACAACUUACGAGUGGACCUUGGAGUAAAAGAUAUCAAGGCUAUUUUUUACGCUGAGUACGUUUCGUUUGGCAUUGGGGAUGAGAAUAGUAGCUACACACUUAACCUGGGAAAUCUUUUGAGUAAGACUGUUGAUCAAGACUCUCUUACCUACUACAAUGGCAAAAAGUUUGUCAUCGCUGAUACACUGUGUGGUCCAGAGAGUCCGAAUUCAGGAGGCUGGUGGUUCGAGGAAACGGCGUGUGAACAUUUGAACGUAAACCUCAAUGGUGCCUAUGGGAAAAAUGAAAAUGGCAAAAUCCAUUGGGCAAAACUAGAUAAGUCCAGCGGUGCUAAUCUUGGUAGCACUCCCUCAACAUCUGAGAUGAAAAUUAGACCAGUCAAAUGUUCUUAAAGCUAUCUUAUUCAUUAAUUCGUCCACCAAUAAUUUGUUUUUCCCAAAGAAAACAAAAUUCGAUGUCACAGGGUAAAUUCCUAGCUCUUCAAGGGUAAUUUUUUGAAAAUAGAUUGCUGAACGAUCUCA